AUGCAAAAUCAACGAAUAGUUUGGAUAGCAUCCAUGCUUAUGAUUGGGCUGGUAUGCUAUUAUUAUUCAAUCAUAUUAUCUUUACCUUCAUCAUCAUUAUCAUCAUCAUCAUCAUCAUCAUUAAUGCCUUCUACGUCACAACUCUCGCAAUACAAGGUGGUGGAAAUGAAUGAUCGUGUUCCAGUCUUCAAAAUGGCAACCGUUGCUGGGCAAAAACCUUAUGCAGACGGUGAUCGAGCCCAAGCCACUGUUAUUAAUAGAGAAUUUGGAUUAUAUGCAGCAGCAUGUAAUUGUCAAGUCUUUUUCUUUGAAGUUCAACCGAGUAUGGUUGAUCUCAUUCGAACAUCGAUUUCACUCAAUAAUUUUUCUACUUCACGUGUUCGAGUUAUACAAAAUGCCGUCAGUGAUUUACCUUCCCAUUCUCAACUAACAUUUUCUCUGAGUGGUGGUACAACAACAAUAUCUAAUGGAACGUUGCGUGCAUCUACGAUUCGUCUUGAUGAUGUUGAAUGGCCACCACAAUCGUCUAUUCUUAUGUUAAAAAUCGAUGUCGAAGGUUUCGAACUAAAUGCACUUCGUUCGGCUGAAAAAUUAUUUCAUGAAAAGCGUAUUCAUCAUUUAAUUUUUGAAUACACAGCUUGGUGGACUGAUCGAGCACCACAAAAAGAUCUUAUACCAUUUGUUGAAAAAACUCUUGGUGCGAAACAAUUGUUUGCAUUAGAUCGAACAGGUAAUAGUGUUUAUGGACCACUGACUCGAGAUACAUUAAAUCAAUUUCACGAGGAUCAUGUCAAACGACAUCUUCAAACUGACAUCUAUGCUACUUUUAUAGAAUCAAAUAAAAAAUCUACUUUAAAAGUCCAACCGUACACGUUAGUAUCAUCAUUUGCAUGA